UACCCACCGCUCUGAACCAGCAGAGACCGCUAACUACAGAGCGGCUGAUCCCAGACCUGCGCUUUCAGCACCGCGGUUUUCUCUGUGUGUUCAGCCCGGUCAGCUGCCCAGUCUUCUUCCGCCUUUCACCGUAGAGAGGACAGCGUUCACUCGGCCAGCAUGUUGUCGGAGGGCAGCUCGUUCCUGAAGGGCAUGGUCCUCGGCGGUGUCUUUUGCUUGAUACUGUCUCUUCUCGGCACCUUCAGUCCAGGAAUUACGUCCCAGACUGAGCAGCACCUCCACCACCAUCUCAAACCCCUGAGUAAAGAGGAGCUGCAGAAGCUGAGUGAGAAUCAGAUGUCUGAAGUCACCCAGCAGGUGCAGGUGUAUUGCGUCAUCAUGGUCACUCCCAAGAUCCUGGUUUACUGGGCGACUGCCAAUGAUACAUGGAGCAAACAUUGCGACAGGUCUGUGUUCUACAGCUCUGAAUCAGCCAAAGCUUUGGAGGCGGUGGAUCUGCAGGAACAGGACGAGUGGGCAAGGCUGAGGAAAGCCCUCCUGCACGCGUAUGAAAACGCAGGCGGGCUACGCUGGUUCUUUAUAGCGCGUCCGACCACUUUUGCUAUUAUUGAGAACCUCAAAUAUCUGGUGCUGGUUAAAGACCCAAGUGAGCCUUUUUACAUCGGGCAUGUGCAGAAAUCUGGCGAGCUGGAGUAUGUGGAGUACGAGAGUGGAAUCGUACUCAGUUAUGAAGCUCUGAAGAGGCUGGUGGGCAUGUUUAAGGAUGAAAGUAAAUGCCCAGAGAGGGCACACGCCUUGUGGAAGGUAAGUGAAGAGAAGCAGCUUGCCACGUGUCUGAAGUACAGCGGAGUGUUCGCCGAAAACGGAGAGGACGCUCAAGGCAAAGAACUCUUUAACAAAAAGACUGUAGGCAUGCUCAUUUCCGACAGCAUGGUCCAAAACCCCAACGAUGUGGUUGAGGCCUGCUGUUCUGACAUGGCCAUCACCUUCAGUGGGAUGAACCCAAGCCAGAUGCAGGUUAUGAUGUACGGAGUGUACAGGCUGCGGCCGUACGGACACAACUUCCACGACUCCUUGACAUUUUUACCUCCAAAAGGAUCAGACAAUGAUUAACACCAUUCAAUGGGACUUCUGCUGCACUAGGUUGGUAUUAGUGAGCAUCCUUUAUUGUUUGGUACUUUGGUGUAGGUCCAAGGCAGUGUUUAAACACGUGAUGUACACUGUGCUGUAUGUAUUUGGAAUCGAGUGUGUUGAGGUUUACAUGGAGAAAUAUUCAUUCUUUCCUUUCUUUUUCCUUCAAACUGUGGAUGAAAUUAAAUUUAAGAGCCUGAAGAUGACUUCUUAAUUUGAUUACAUACAUUAUUUAAAACUCAGAAAAACACAAAGGUCAGGGAUGUAACUGUCGCCACUUAGCCAUUAUGUUGUAUCUGACUGUUGGAUCUGAAGCCUCUGUGUAUUAUAUUAGUGUUAUUCAGUAAAUUUUGUUCUUUAAAUGAGUUUUUGGAAGCAGUUUCAGAGCAUAUAUGAAAAUGCAUGUUUUCCAUUGGACUGCAGACUAUAAUGAAAUGAUGAAGCAGUAUGUUAUUAUAUGUCUGACUCAUAAUUACGUUAUUAUGAUGUCAGAUUGCUGUAUGUUUUUACAGUACCUGUCAAAAGUUUAAAACACACCUUCUUAUUCAAUGUUUUCUUUAUUUGGUUUAUUUAUUUUCUACAUUGUAGAUUAAUAUUAAAGAAUGAAACAAUGAUAAAACACAAAUGGUUUUACGUAGUAAAAAAAAAAAAAAAAAAGUGUUGGUCCUCCAUAUUAAUCCCCUGAUCUAACCCUAAAUAAAUGAAAUGGGUGAUUUGGAAUGAGCUCAGGAUCAGGACCACGGCAUUUUUAUAUUCUUGUUUGUUUAGCUUUUUUUGUUCCAAGAAUAAUUCUGCAUGUGUUCCUGUGUAGCUUCAAUCACUUCGAUAUUAAAUUAACAACGUAAAAAAAAUUAUAAAAAAGAAAGAAAACACGUUACAAGAGAAGAGGUGUGUCCUAACUUUUGACUGGUACUACAUAUCCAAAACUAUUAGUGACCAAAAUUAAAUUUUAAAAGAAUGAAUUCAAUUAUAUUGAAAGAAUAGUUGCUUUUUUAUGCCUAUGAAUUAGGGAUAUACGCAUAUUAACUUUUAAGGCAGAAACUGAACAAAAUAAUGGCUCAACACGUUUUUCGCGGGUUUUUAAUUAAUUUAUUUUUUUGGUCUAAAACUGUUUCUUUUACAGUAUGAACACUUCAGCUUUUCCCUUAUUUGGCCCAACACCAAAAGUGCUUUUUUUUGCUAAAUAAUGUAUUCAGUGCAAUCCCAUUUUAAACAAAACAUAUUUCACAUGUUUAAACUUUAAAAUGAUCACAGUAUGAAAGCAAAAGAAAGUUCCUUUAAAAAAACCCAACAGAGAUUGGCUGGUCAUCUAAGAACAUAAAUAAUUUUUUUCUAUUUUUAUACCAUUCUUUUCAUUGUUAUUUGUGCUCCACAUGCUUUUAGAAUCUGUAUUCUCUCUUUAAACACAUUUCUCACGUCUGAUGUCCUUCAUAGGAGCUAUGAAAUGGUUUCAUGUGUCUGGUAUAAUUUUUCACUGUUUAUCUGCUGCUGCUCAGACUGUGUAAAUAUGUGUGUGGAUUGAGAGAGCAGAAAGAGACGAGGGGAACAGGCUCUUUUUCAUUAUUGGUGAAACUUGAAGUGUUUCUUUGGCCGAAGUGUUUUCCCUUUUUUAUAAUCCAAAACCUGAAGUUCAACUUUUGUCAGAGUGUGUAUAUUUUAUAUAAAUCUGAUUUUCCGGGAGAGGGAACACAACCUGAUGAUGUUUUUAAAUGAAGAAUUAAUUGUUCCUUUGUAUUGUAUGUGUGUAAAAGAGGGGUGGUUGCCUGGGCUACAAAGAAUGGCAAAAGGGAUUGCUUUGAAUGUACAUAAAAUAUCUGGGAAUCAAAUUAGCACUGCGAUUGGUGUCUUGAAGACUGGAUCAUUUUGAUCAAGAGUUGACUAAUGUUCUAUAAAAUGUGAUUAUUCAUUUUUAUAUGAGCUUUUAUGUAAGUGGUAAUAUAUGAUUAAAUAAAACCAUAACAUUUUGAA